AUGGAGGAAAAUGGAGAAAAGUACUUCAACAUCUUGUUGUCUCGCUCUCUCUUUCAAGAUAUCAUUAAGGAUGAUAGAGGAAGAAUUACUCAUUGUAAGAUGCAUGAUCUUAUCUAUGAAAUUGCGUGUACAAUUUUAAAUUCUCAAAAGUUGCAAGAGGAACAUAUUGAUUUGUUGGAUAAAGGAAGUCACACCAAUCAUAGGAUAAACAACGCCCAAAAUUUACGCACACUCAUUUGCAAUAGACAGGUGCUUCACAAGACUAUUUUUGACAAGAUUGCAAAUUGUACUCGCUUGCGAGUUUUAGUAGUGGAUUCAUCUAUUACAAAACUACCUGAGUCAAUUGGUAAGAUGAAACAUUUGAGAUAUCUCGACAUUUCAAGUUCAAACAUAGAAGAACUUCCAAAUUCUAUCUCUUUGCUUUAUAACUUACAAACAUUGAAGCUUGGAAGCUCAAUGAAACACCUUCCAUAUAAUUUGAGCAAGUUGGUUAGUUUAAGACAUUUAAAGUUCUCAAUACCACAAACGCCUCCACAUUUGAGCCGGUUGACUCAACUACAAACGUUGUCUGGUUUUGCAGUUGGAUUUGAGAAGGGUUGCAAAAUAGAAGAACUUGGAUUUUUGAAAAACUUCAAAGGUAGAUUAGAACUUUCAAAUCUCAAUGGAAUUAAACACAAAGAGGAAGCCAUGAGUUCCAAAUUGGUAGAAAAGAACUUAUGUGAGCUAUUCUUGGAAUGGGAUUUGCAUAUUUUAAGAGAAGGUAGCAACUACAAUGACUUGGAAGUGUUAAAAGGGCUUCAACCACACAAAAAUCUUCAAUUCUUGAGUAUCAUAAACUAUGCUGGCCAAAUUUUGCCUCCUGCCAUUUUUGUUGAAAAUUUAGUUGUGAUACAUCUAAGACAUUGUGUAAGAUGCGAAACACUUCCAAUGCUUGGAGAAUUACCUAAUUUGGAGGAACUAAAUAUUUCCAACUUACAUUGUCUAAGAUGUAUUGGGAAUGAAUUCUACGGAAGUUAUGAUCAUCCCAACAACCAUAAGGUUUUAUUUCGCAAGUUGAAGAAAUUUGUACUCUCUGAAAUGCACAAUCUAGAGCAAUGGGAAGAAUUAGUAUUCACAUCAAGGAAAGAUGCAAUUUUUCCUCUUCUUGAAGACUUGAAUAUUCGUGAUUGUCCUAUAUUAACAAGUAUUCCAAAUAUUUUUGGAUGUCCUCUUAAAAAGCUACAUGUUUGUGGAUGUGAUGAAGUGACAAGAUUGCCCAAAGAUCGAUCUACAACUCUGCACUUCCAUUGA